AACCAAAACUUGGCUAUCAACAUGUUUUCGACGCAUAUCUUAAUAAUAGUGAUGGUCGCUGGCGUUGACCUAGUCUGUGGUGCACUUUUGGACGGAAUUCCGACCUACGUUCACCAGAACUUUUCAUACAACAUGUGUCCUUGUCAUGAAAGUAUUGGUGCUUGCACUGAAACAUUUUCAAUCCCCAUGUUAAGUUCUCCAGAUAAUAAAGAUUGGUUCCCGGUCAAUAUGAAAAAUUUGUCAUUAAUUGAAGAAAAGCCAUCCUGUUUACCAAACCAAUUAGAAAUAACCAUAGAGGAAGGAAGUUUCGCACUUCUCACGAACGGGUCUAUAUCUCACGUACACAGCGGUCUUAUCUUUGACACCGAUUCUUACUGCCUGGAAAUGGCGUACAAUGAAAUGUAUUCUUUAGAUGGAAAAUUUAAAGUUCCGAUGUUGAAGGCAAAGGUUUGCUUGCCACCUGUACGACUUCCUUCCUGUUGCAAUUCUGGUGAAAUUAUGACCGAUCAAAACGGCACAGCUGCCUGCGAGAAAAGUUCGGGCUACACUUCAUUUUUUCACCCGCGUAUCGAAUUUGCCGGAAGCUUUCACACGUUUGCUCUCACCACAGAACAUCGCGGUUUUCCGAAGUGCGAGGAUAGGUUAACAAUCUCACCCGUCCAAAAUGAACGGACACGGCGAUCUUUAGAGUUAGUUGGGAGUGGAAUCCAGCUAAUUUGGCAAACUAAUGAGCAUGGCAAAACCAUAGUAGUUGAGUCGGAGCGCUUCUGUGUAGGGCAAGUAACAACGUACAAUGCAAUUACUCCAGCCGUUGCAUUUUGCCCCGAAGAUUUUUCCGUCCAAAAGAUGUGUUCAAACAACACAUGCUUUUCAAAAUGCUGUCGUGAAGGUUACGUCUUUGACCUCUUUACAAGCUCGUGCGAAAUGGAAGACUUUUACCAAGUCUGGACCCCUCCGGCCAGUUGGCAAAAUUUUACAGCUCUCUACGGAAUGCCUUCUUGUCCAUCGUACUUUCCAAUAUCUGCAUUAGACACUAAUGAAAAUUAUGCCUUGCUUGCCAAUGGCAGCUUGUGGAUUGAAUCUCACUCUCAAACAACGCCGUAUUCAAAAUACUGCAUUGAUUACUUCCGUAAUCAGACUCACCUGAUCGAAAUAGCCAUCGUGUGCUUUGAUGAGACUGUAAACCCAUCAAGCAAUACCACUGCAAUACCUGAGCUGCUCUACGUGAUUUUAUUGUUCUUUUCGAGCCUCCAACUGUUGAUAGUGACUGGAAUAUUUGUGUAUCGGGUGUUUAAAGUGAAACGUGAGAGGAGAGAGGGAUAUACAUGUGAAAAUGCAUCUCGGAAUAUAAACGAUAUGCAAAAUAUAAGUAAUGCUGAAAAUGAUGGUGAGCUUUCUCAUCAAAAUAUACAAGAACGUCAGGAUAUGAAUAGUGGAAGAAGAGAGAGUUUGAAUGCCCAAAGUAUUGCUCUGAAUAUCCAAGGCAAUAACUCUGAUGUCCAGAAUUCUCUAAUGACGCCAACAGCCGACACUCAUAACACGGAGAAUCGCGAAAACCAUACAGUGGAAAACACAGGAAAAGUUGCAAUAAUUUUAUCGUUAAGGAAAUGUACCAUUUUCGGCCACUUCCAUGCCCUAGUAUGCCAGAUGAUGUUCUUCUCUGCAUGCCAGCUCAUAAUAGUCGCUCUACAGCAAGCUUUGGCUUCACAUAUCUCUUUUUGGUCUUGCAGUGCAUUGGCAACCCUGGGUGACGUCAUGGAGCUGACUGUCAUGGCCGCCGUGUGCUGCAUGUGCGCGCAGUUCUGCUGCGACAUCGAGCGCAGGACUCCAGGAGAAGAAACCAACAGGGCAGUACCGCGCUGGGUACCCAUCCUCUUACAUGUUGCACCUCUGAUACUUGCUACCAUCGUGGUGGUGCCCGUGCGGGUGGUGAUGGUGCCCUUACCAUCAGAAUGUACCACAGCGGCCGCUUUCACUGAUCCAUGGGCUGGAUUCCCAAUCUCGGUUACGACAUUUGUGCUUCUGGCCGCAGCGUUCGCCCUCCUGUUCAAAGACUUCGUCAUUUAUGUCUAUCGCAGCCAAGGUCAACUGCAGUCGAUCCCACCUGAAUUGAGGUACCGCUGGUGGUUGUGCGCUAAGAUGGUGUUCAUCCACGCCAUGUAUUGCAUCUCGUAUGCGUCAGUGUUUGCGUCGGACUCUGUCGCUUUUUGGGUGUUUGGGGACAUCAUAUUGUUCCUGAAGAGCGUCCUAGUCUCGUGCAGCGUGCUGCGCCAUCACACGAAGCACCACAGUCGCCCUGCACCGCACCACCUGUAGCGUGCAGCGUGCUGCGUCAUCACACGAAGCACCACAGUCGCCCUGCACCACACCACCUGUAGCGUGCAGCGUGCUGCGUCAUCACAUGAAGCACCACAGUCGCCCUGCACCGCACCACCUGUAGCGUGCAGCGUGCUGCGUCAUCACACGAAGCACCACAGUCGCCCUGCACCGCACCACCUGUAGCGUGCAGCGUGCUGCGUCAUCACAUGAAGCACCACAGUCGCCCUGCACCGCACCACCUGUAGCGUGCAGCGUGCUGCGUCAUCACACGAAGCACCACAGUCGCCCUGCACCGCACCACCUGUAGCGUGCAGUUCGAUUAAUGUUGCAAAACUUCAAAUUAUUAAAUUUUAAAUCAGCACGGGCAUUCUUAACGAGAUAAAAAGCAAUAUUUUUGUCAAUUUUUUAAAGUCUGUUCAAGGAUUCAAUUACGCCCACUAUCACAUUCUAGUAUUAAUUUAAACCUGUUAGCCACACUGCUUGGCUUGAAUUCAUCUUGGCUAUCCCAGAUCUGAAAAAAUUAUCAUUUAUUAUUUCAGUUACAAGUUUAGAGGACGACAGAAAGGAAUCAUAUGAUAAUUAUUUAGUGAACGAGUUAUUGGGGUAUAUAUAGGGAUAGAAGGAACCAACGGCAGGACUCAAUACGGUCCCUAUAAUGAUUCCAAGCUAGAAUUUAGCAGACAAUUGAAAUAUGAAAACGUGUAUUUGAGGACAAAAGUAUUGAAUGCAUUCUAAAUACUUCUAAUUUAUAUUAUAAACAUUCGUUGAUCGCAUGCUCAACUUGUUGAAUUAUUAAAUGUAAAAGACGCCAGUGAAAAGAAUAAAUGUUGGACGCUGUAUGCUUUACUUGUGCAUUUCAUUUUGCGAAUGAAUUUAGAAUAAAGUAUGUUUAAUGAUAAAUGUUGAAAUGUGUCAUAUGUUUGAUUUUUAAUGCAUAGGUUAUUGUUCGCAUUUUAAGUGUUGAAUUGACAUGAUUAUGUUUUGCGUUGCUUGUUAGGAGCUCUUUUAUUGCACGAUAGUUUAUACCACGUUGAUGAUGAUUGUUAAGAAUAAAUUUGUGUAUAUUUAAGAUAGUCGUGAGACUAUAAAGUUUGUUUUCCGAUGAGACAGAUAAUUUAUCUAGGUUAUUAAAUAAAUUCGAAUCAGUUAGUAAUAACGUAAAACGAAUAUAUUUGUUAUAAAGGUACAGUUUUUUAUGUACGUAAUAUCCGUGUUUGUUGAACCCCCUAAAUGUUUUGGCUUAUCACAAUCGUUAUCUUAUGUUCAAAGGAUUAUUAAACCGUGUUAUGUUUUCUCUCCAUUAAUUAAGAUGUUUACGAAAGUUGAUCAAGCUGAAUAUAUGAUUAUCAACUUGGCUCAGGCUCUGGCGUUCGGGGCAGUAUACUAAACGAAACGGACAGCGAUAGUAAGUUUAAUGACGAUUGUUUAUUUUAAUUGUGCAUCUAUUAUUUGCUAGAUUACUUAAGGCCCCGCCUGCUGUAUCUCUAAUAAUUUUAACGAUGCUACAGAUACUGUAAAACAGUUUUUGCUGCCCAAAUCUAUCCUCAUUCAUCGUACGGAUGAUAUCACAAAUGCAAGGUUACAAUAGCUUAAGAUCGCCACCGAUCACAUUAGUUUAGUUUUAGAUAAGUACUAUAUGUCGGCGUUGAAGAUUAGGCCUAGUCAGGCCUGUCGCCGAUUUUCGCAUUGUUCGUAAUUUUCACACGGGAAUUUUUGAAACAUUGAAUUGUCUGAUAAACAUGGAAUCUAAUGGAAAUGAACUUUGAUGUUUUAAAGCUCUUGCUGUUGUACUGGCGGGAUGUGAAUCUAUUCCGUAUACGUAACGAAAAUGUCUUGUCGGUUCUUGCAUGGAUUCACACUCGAGGUCUCAAAGAGUUCAGAGUUCAGACGUCAGUCUGUUCCCAUGAACUAAAAUCGUUUGUUUCUCGAAACUAUAGAUAACCUUGUAUGACUUAGGAGCGAUAGCGACGCUGUUUAAGCCCUUGAGAGAAUUUUUUAAUUCUACGGUAGUGAUGGAGGGAUGAAAAUGUCUCUCAUAGUGCCGCCUAGACACUAUGGAAAUCGCCUAUGAAUGUUAAUUGCGAUUUAAGGUAUAUCAAAUUUUGGAUAGAAUUGAACAAGUUGAGACGGCUAUAUGUCUCAACCGUUGUCUUUUAUUACAAUGAGUGAAACCCUCAA